AUUCUGACAGUUGACAAAAACCGCGCAAUGUGGUCAUUAUUUCAUUAGUCAUUACUCAAUAAAUAAUCAUUAUUAAUAACUUUCCAUGUAAGCUCUAUGUAGACAAUUCAUCAUUGGUUAAUUAAAUCUUACUUCCCUUCACACCGCUUGAAUUUGAUCAUUGUGACGGUACACUUGCCUUGUUAAUUGUUUAGUCAAAUUAGCUCUUUCCGUGAGUUAGAAAUUGAACAUGCCAGCUAGCAGCAUUAAUUUGUACCAUAUGCAAGACGCCAAGAAUAAUUUCAACACAAUGCAACUAGCUCCAGUUUGCGCUGACGCUGAUGUAUUAAUGGGCCAAUGCCAGAAUUAUCACGUAUCAACUAAUUGUUAUUACGGUUUUCAUGGUCAGAAAAGCGUUGAAAAUAUGCAAGAUAAUUAUGAUUGCGAAAUGACUGAAGUGGAUUCUAAAACUUCGAAUGCCACAACAGCGUCACGGCAAAACAACUCAAGAAAAAGAAGUGCAGAGGAUUCCGAAUAUCCGCAAACAAAACGCCUGCGUGAAGAAGUACAAACAAAGAAAUGUAGAAAACCUGAGACAAUCGAGAUAGAGAAAUCAGAGAAAAGUUCGGAAGACUUGAUGGAAAAUCUUUAUUGGAAUUUGCACGGUGGAAGUUACUUUCAUCUGUUACAGUGUUUGUGAAUCAUGAGAUGAUCGGAAUAUAGAGACUCUAAUGAACUUUGAUGUGAAAAUGUUUAUGAAGAUUUAUUAACAAUUAUCUAGAUAUAUAAGGAAUUUUCAAAAUAAAAAUAAAAAUAAAAUAGGAAACGGGUGGGAUUUUUAUUUCAAAAGAAAGACAAAUAUUUGCUCUAUAUAUUUUAUUUAUUUUCAAUAAAUAUUACAGAAAGGAAACUAUGUAAAUAUUGACAGUCAAUGAAAAGUAUUAAAGAAUUUUACAAUAUUAGAUACAUUGAGUUGGAAAAGACCAUGACGACUUACUCCUUGACCCUACUCUGAAAAAGGAAAAGGAAAUUAAUUACUAUUUAUUUUGUUUUUCUGUUACAGAUGCAGUUGAGAAGAUUUAAUAUAUAUUUUUUUCCAGGCUCGCUCAAACAACGUGUCAAACAUAGUUUGAUGUUUGAGUGUUUGCUUCUAUUUAGACAUCAUAUUAAACUUCACCUUUCUGCUUUUCAGAUGUUUCUUCCAUAUGCAGCCUUGUUGGCACACGGUCAAGCCCGAACCACUCAGCUUCGGCCUUUAAUAUAAACAUAUCAACAAUUUAUGUACAGUACUUGAUAUGCGGCAGGCUUAGAACAUUUUGUGUACAAUUAUAUGCAAAAUCCAUAUAAGCAUUUUCCUCUAGUCGAAUAUUAUUUUCUUGUGAUUUAUUUGUACCUGAUUUUUUAUAUACAAUUAAAAUUAUCUUAAUUUAUAA